CUUCCAAAAAAGAAAAAAUUUCUUACCUUAUUUAUUCAUUGAUAAAGAAGUUUCUAUUUGAUCUCCUUAAAUUUGCCAAAUUUCUCCAAAGUCAACAUCGAAUAACCCAUUUUGUUCGCGGCGUUCAUCGUCUGCUCAUUAGGGUUUCUUCGACUCGUCGUUCCCCAAUCUCAAUCAGGGAUUCAGAGGGCUAUGGAUCUGGACGUCGUGGGACGGCACGCUCUGCUAUUCGACGACGAUGCGAUGGCGAUCUUCGUCAACUCCGCCGAUGCGCUCGUUGAGUGGAACUCUCUCCACAUCGACCGCUACGACGUUCGCCACCUUCUCUCCGGCCCGCCGCCGCAGCCUAAGCGAUCGCUUCAUUCUCUAUCUCACGCGAUUGAUUCGUCACUUAAAUCGGAGCUCGAUCUGGAGCGUUAUCUCGAUCUUCCUCCAUCUGAUGAUGAUCCAGAAAAAGAUGAAGAAAGCACUUCCCAUUUGCUUAAUAAUACUGGUGGAUACCAUGCCAUUCCCUUCUCUUACGGAAAGGCAAAUAGUAUUGCUGAAGAAGUAAACACGGAGUUUGGGGUGGAGACUUCUGCAUUUCGCCCACCCUUCAAUGUGCCUGAACACCUUCUUCAAUGCUUGGUAAGUUAGUGUGUUUCAGCCUACCUUGGUGUACUUUUAUGACUGUUGGGUAUUGCAGUUGCUAACGAAGUUUCACCGUGUGGAUGUGACAAGUGCCUUAAUUGUAUAUUUUUUCCUCACCGUGUCUAAGUUUUCAGAGCUCAGAUGCUUGUAGCAGUGAUGGAGUUAUUGUCAUCUAAGUUGCCAUUCACAGGCACCUUGUUUCCUUUGAUGUCAUGAUCAAGAGAGAGUGCGGUACAGGUGGGAUUAGGAAUAUUAAGUUUCUUUACAAGGACAGUAAUCUAUAUUGCUUGAGAGGGAAUGCUCUACUUAAUCAUCAUAUUGUAAAAACUCUGCUUGUUGGCAAUUGCUUCACACGCCUGAUUGAAUUUUGAUCUUGUGAUUAUUGUGUAAGAAUCAAGUUUCUAUUUGAUAGUCUAAUGUAUUUCGAAGCCAACUUCUUGACAAAAAAGGUCUUGCUUCAUAUUUAUUCUUUCAGCCACCAUCUGAGAAGGCUCAUCAGAUAAUAGCAAGGACUGCUCAAUUUGUUAGCAGACAUGGGGGACAGUCAGAAAUUGUUCUGAGGGUGAAACAGGGAGAUAACCCAACAUUUGGCUUCUUGAUGCCAGAUCAUCACCUACAUCCGUACUAUAGGUAUCUUGUCGAUCACCAAGAGCUUUUGGAUUCUGAUGGUGACAGGAAGCCUCAGCAUGAAGAAAGAAAGGCUGUUGGUGAACCAGAUGGUGCAUUAUCCUUGCUUGGUUCUGUUUAUGGAUCAGGAGAGGACGAUGAUGUUUUGAUUGAGGACGUCUCUAACAAAAUGACUUCUAAUGAAGCUGUGGAUGCAGCCCCUAUUGCACUGGAGAAGGAUGAAUCUAGUGAAUCAAGUGCACAUGAGCUUAGACAAGAAAUAGGUUUGCAACAUCCACUUAAUUUUGGUGGGUUAGAUAAAGAGAAGAGUCAACUACUGAAAGAGAAUCCUUCAAUCAGUGGAUCUGAGAAUGGAGGUACAUGCCAUAAAAAAGUGAAAGAUGAUUCUAUUUCUGCCUCUAUUCAGGCAGCUUUAGAGAAGCUCAAGGCUUCUGGCCUUGGAGUUAUCAUAAAGAAUGAACCUGUAGUUGUAGAGCCUCCAUCUGAUUUGAAGAAAUUGAUUGGAAGGAUUGUUGAAUUCAUACUGAAGAAUGGGAAGCAGUUUGAGGCAACACUUGUAGAACAAGAUAGUAAGCAUGGACGGUUUCCAUUUCUCCUCCCAUCCAACAUGUAUCAUCCCUACUAUCUGAAAGUUCUCCACGAUUCCCAAGAGUCAAAAGUCAGUGGCAAGAGCUUCCCGUCUGGGAGAGAUGAUUCAAUUGGGCGACCACAAGAAAAGAGAGCAUCACUCUCUAAGGGUGGCAAUGCUCUAGCUUGUCGAUCUGGUGAUGGAGACCUGCCUUGUGAAAAUGAUAAGGAGAAGUUUAAGAUGGUGAUUGGGAAAUCAAAGAAGGAACCACAAGAACAAUUGAAUAAAGUUCCACAGCAAGAGAACGGGUUCAAUUUAGAUGCUGCUUCUGUUGCAGCCAUUCUUCAAGCUGCUGCUAGGGGUAUCAAGAAUCCUAAUAUAGGAAUAUUCUCAAAAACUGAUGUGAAUGCUAAAUCUAAUGCAGAAGCUAAUUCUUCUGAAUCAAAGUUAUCUAAGGAACAGAUGUUGAAAGCAGAGAGACGAAAGAAGGCUAAAAUGUUUGUGGCCAUGUUGAAAAACAAGGCUGCUCCCUUUAAAAGCGAGCCUUCACGUGAGGUGUCAUUAGAACCUCAGGAUUCUGGUCAAUUAAAUGAUAAUAAGUCAGACCAAGAUGGAAGGCUGAAGUUCAUAGAUGAAUACAAUGAGAAGCGGUCAAUGAGAAAGUACAGGUCAAGAUCUGGGAUUGACGAAGAGGAUGAAGAUGGAGUAAAAAGGAAACAUCAGUCUGCCGGGACAGACCACAAAUCUUUAAGGAGCCCAAUGGAUGAUGAGAAAGGAGAAGAAAGUGAAGACGCGAAAGAUCACAACCGUUCCAAGAGGAAGAAGCAUCACCAGUCACAUCAAUCAAAUGAAGAUGAGGCUUCUGACGUAUACGAAGAGGAAAGGAGCAGGCAUAGACACUCCAGCAAAAAUCAUCGAUCCCAUAAUAAACAUGAUGAUGAUGAUGAUGAUGAUGAUGAUGAUGAUGAUGAUGAUGAUGAUAGACACUCCAGAAAGAAGCAUCGAUCCCAUAAUAGACAUGAUGAUGAUGAUAAUGAAGACAACUAUGAUGAUAGACACUCCAGAAAGAAGCAUCGAUCCCAUAAGGAACAUGAUGGUGGUGGUGAUGAUGAUGAUGAUAGACACUCCAGAAAGAAGCAUCGAUCCCAUAAUAAACAUGAUGAUGAGGAUGAUGAUGAUAGACACUUGAGAAAGAAGCAUCGAUCCCAUAAUAAACAUGAUGGCGAUGAUGGAGAAGGGAAAUAUCAUAGACACAGUAGAAAGAAGCACAGAUCUCACCAUUCCUCGCAUCACAGAAGCAGACAUGAACGGUCAAAAAGAGGUUCGAGUAUUGUUGAAAGAGAAGACCUAGAGGAAGGAGAGAUCAGUGGGGGCGGCAAAGUAUCGGAUCAAUCCAAAGGAAGUCUUGGGGGUGGUGCCAUUACAAGAAGCAGAGAAGCCUCUAUUGACGUUUCUAGUCCACAACAAAUAUCAGCUUCUCAACCUCCGGAUGAUCUCAAGGCCAAGAUACGUGCCAUGUUGAUUGAAACGAGAAGGUAGUUUUCCAUCGUUCGCUUUAUUACUUUCGUGUGUUGCAACACAUUUACAACAUUGAUCUCUUGCUAGGAUUGUUUUUAUACAAAACCCACCGCAUCAUUGGAAGAUAUUGGCAUAUCCAUUAUCUUCCCAACAUUUCAUAACAAUCCGAAACCGAUACGGUUCUUGUUUUCACAAGUUUUAGAGCUAAAUAUCACUUUGGUUUUGUUUUUCUCUGAUUUCAGUGGCCAAAUUGGUUCAGAUUGUUAUGAAAUUUUGGGAGGAUAUAUGAAUGUCAUUUAUGUGCUGUAAAACACUACUUGUUGUAACUUUAGCUGACCUCCGCAUAUAAAUAUUUAUUUUGGGU